AUGGAUGUCAUCGGUCCUAUAGAGCCGGCCGCUUCCAAUGGGCAUAAAUUCAUUUUGGUCGCCAUUGAUUAUUUCACCAAGUGGGUGGAGGCAGCCUCUUACAAGUCGGUAACCAAGAAAGUGGUGGCCGAUUUUGUCCGCAACAAUCUGAUAUGCAGAUUUGGAGUUCCAGAAUCCAUCAUUACUGAUAACGGUGCAAAUCUCAACAGUCAUCUGAUGAAAGAGAUAUGUGAACAAUUUAAAAUUAUUCAUCGAAAGUCAACUGCUUAUCGCCACCAAAUGAACGGAGCUGUAAAGGCCGCCAACAAAAAUAUCAAAAAGAUCUUGAGGAAAAUGAUUGACAAACAUCGAGGUUGGCAUGAUAUGUUGCCAUAUGCUUUACUAGGUUAUCGAACGACGAUCAGAACAUCAACUGGGGCUACUCCAUACUUGCUAGUGUAUGGAACAGUGGCAGUCAUACAUAUUGAAGUCGAGAUACCAUCAUUAAGGAUCAUCCAAGAAGCUGAAUUGAGUAACGCUGAGUAG